CCAGACUAUUGCGUUAUGUCUGAUGCUCAAAAAGAACAUGCUUCAACUGUUGAAGAUCUGGUCCCAAAUUUUGCAGCUUUGAGGCAUCAAACCUGCAGUUCUUUGAGUGAAGAAAAAUUUUGGAUGAUAUAUUUUAUUUUGUUGCUCCCAAGACUGCAUGAGCAUGAUGCCAAGCUUCUAUCAACACCUGAGAUUGUUGAAGCGAGACAGAUACUUUUGCAGAAGCUGUACGAAAACAGGAACGUCAUCGGCUCUCUCCGUGCUGCCUGGUGUUGUCAAGGGCUUCCAGCCAUGAAAGAGGAGUCUCGCAAGAACGAUGACCAUGUCGUUUUGGUCAAGGACUACAGAUCCAAGGUCGAGUCCGAGCUCUCUCUCGUCUGCGCUGGUAUUCUCAACUUACUCGACUCUAAUCUCGUUCCUUCCGCCACCGCCACCGAGUCCAAGGUGUUUUAUCUGAAGAUGAAAGGCGAUUACCAUAGGUAUCUUGCUGAGUUCAAGGUUGGUGAUGAGCGUAAGGAGGCUGCUGAGGACACUAUGAACGCUUACAAGGCUGCUCAGGAUGUUGCUUUGACUGAUCUGGCUCCAACACAUCCCAUAAGACUGGGGCUAGCCCUCAAUUUCUCAGUGUUCUAUUACGAGAUUCUCAAUUCAUCUGAUAAAGCUUGUAACAUGGCAAAACAGGUAUACUUCACUCCAAGUUACUUCUGGUUUGAAAUGCAGUCACUCGACUCACUCCAACACGACAUGACCCGUCAAGCUGAGAUCACAAACAUGUUACAACAACAGCAAAAAGAACUUCAUGAAAUAGAGGCUCAGAUCAAAGAUGCAAUGAAACAAGGCAUCAUCAUAGAUGACAAAGAACUGGCUAAGAGGCCUUUUGUUCAUAGUUCCAAUGCUGCCGAGGGUAACACAGCUACGAGGCCGUCAGAGGUUUUGACCUUGGAAGGAGGUGUCAGUUUGUCACUAGGAAUUCCUGGGGAAUCAUCUGAGAGGAAUUAUGACCCAAGCCACUACAUUGUACCCGUUACUCAAACUAGGCUUGAGGUAGUGCUGCCGACCUUAAUGGACAUUAAUGUGGUUAGGGAAGACGGCCCAAGCCAAGGAUUGGAUGAUCUUGCAGAUAUGGAAGAAGAUUUGGACAAUCUACAAUUCUUCAAAGAACAGGACCAAGGCAAUUUACAGAUUGGUUGGUUUGAUCUGAGCUUGUCGACUGACAAUAGGGGGUGGUUGAAUAAUGAAUCAGACAAAUAA